AUGUACAACAUGCAGCUUGCAUCCUGUGUUGCACUGACGCUCGCACUCCUCGUCAACAGCGCACCCACUUCAAGCUCUACAAAGGAAACCCAGCAGCACCUCGAGCAGUUAUUGAUGGACUUAGAGGUGCUUCUGGAAGGGAUCAAUAAUUACAAGAAUCCGAAACUUCCCAUGAUUCUCACGUUCAAAUUUUACAUGCCCAAGAAGGCCACAGAACUGAAACACCUUCAGUGCCUAGAAGAAGAACUCGGAGCUCUGCAGCGUGUGCUGGAUUUGGCUCAAAGCAAGAGCUUUCGCUUGGAAGAUGCUGAGAAUUCUAUCAGCAAUAUUAGAGUAACAGUUGUGAAACUAAAGGGCUCUGAAAACACAUCCACGUGCGAAUUCCAUGAUGAGACAGUAACUGUGGUGGAAUUUCUGAAUACAUGGAUAGCCUUCUGUCAAAGCACCAUCGCAACAAUGGCUCAAUAAUCAUGUGCUCCUGCUUACAACA